AUGGCUAGACAAUCCUCCAUCCUCGCACCUACGUCCGCAAGUCUACCAGAUACCUUUCGCAUACCCUCUUCCACAAAUCAGCUGGUAAAGACGUUAAGCAAGCUAUCACGGGCAUCUCUUAUAUCGCUGGCUCUCCAAUGGCUAGAAAAGAAAAAUUUGGCCAGUUGCAAGCCCUACCUACUUUCCGACAAGUCAAAGUCACGAGAGCACGACGAUGAUACGAGCCCCUAUUCACCAGCUCAAACUGUGGAAGACCUGAAGAUAAUAUAUAAUGAUUUCCAGGGCCAAAAGGGUGGGAAGAGAGAAGUGAUCGAUCGGAUUCUAGAAGGGGAUUGGCGCCAUGGUUUAACGCUUCGGCAGCUUGCGAUGGCAGAUGUGCAACAUAUCGAAGAACAUCCAUCCAGCCAUCGGUGGACAGCGUUCCGAAUAGAUGCAAGCAGCGCAUCAGCGUUAUCACUACCUAGCGACUCUAGGGACAAUGAAGAUUAUGCGACAGCUCUUCCGCACUUCCAGGCUUCCAGCUUUAUCAAAGCUAUGCAGCGUGAAAUAUCACCGCUCGUUAAAGCACAUUACCACAUCCACCGAUUCCAUUCACUCCCCUUAACGCUCGUUCGAAUACUAGCCAUCGACUCCCCCUACCAAUUCCCACGCCAAUCCCCUCAUACCUUUAUCGAUAGCUCAAGAUUAAUCUACCUUGCCUUCCCGGACAGCACACCUUUUAUAUACUCCUCACUUGUUUCAACUUCAAACUCAAAAAGGGAUGGAAAUAAUAAUAUGUACUCUACCGAUGCCGGGACAUUACGGCGCAUAAUCAACGACGCAGUCCCAAAAGCCCUCUCACGGCCCCAACAGCGGUACUCACUUACCUCCACAUCUCUGGCAGCAAAGAGCCUACAUACCUUGCUUACACUCCGGGGGCCCUGGAGAACAACUGCUGCUAUCGGUGCCUUUUCCGUUUUUGCAGAUGCAGUUGUUGAGACUGGGCCCCUAGAGCCCAGGAUAAGCAACGCUGUGCCUUUUAAGAAUGGAAACGCCCGAACCACAAAUAAUAAUACGAAUAAGUCAUCAUUGGAUGACAAGGAAAACCUCGGCCAUUCUCCCACGAAGAGGCAGAAGCGGCCAGUUAACGAGCCAAGAGCUGAUUCCCAAUCACUAAAGAAACGAAAACAAGCUAUAAUGUCCCGGUUCGGUACCUCUGGGGACCCAAAUCGUGCCUUGCCAUCUUUCAGCCUAACGCCUCAGCCACUUCCCGACCAAAACGAAACUACCCUAGCAACUGCCACUGACCAAUCCCUACCGCAAAUAACUCCAAAUCCAGCUCUGGAUCGCCUCGAGAUACAACUUCAAGAUUCUCCAACACUAGAGCCGGGCUCAUCUCCUCAUCAAACAGUGGUCUCACUCACAUUUUCGGGCUCGGAUGUCGUAGCAGGCCUACGAAAGCUGGCAGAACUGGGUGUGAUUGACCCUAACCGUAUGCCGUCAUGGAUGACAGGUGAAGAGGGCGUUAGUAGCGCUGUAAUUAAGGGAGGUGUAACAGUGACACCAUAA